AUGACUGGUGCAGCCAGGGAGUGUGGGAGGACCCCAACACACUCUGUUGCUGCCAGCUUAAGUCCCUGCUUGAGCGCAGCGGGAAAUGCUAGGGCAAAGGUCCCUCCCACUUGCUGCACCAAAGUUAAUGGGUUGAUCAAGACUACUCCACGAUGCCUCUGCGCUGGCCUGCUGUCGCCUUUGGUGAAACAGGUCGGUAUCAAGCCAGCUAUUGCUAUCACUAUCCCCAUGUGA